UGCUGUCUGCAGGUGUGUGAGAUUAUUGAAAGCCCACUUUUCCUCAAGUUGAACCCCAUGACAAAGCACACAGACCUUCCAGUUAGUGUUUACGAGUCAGUCAUCGAUAUCAUCGCUGGAGAGGCCACAGUGCUAUUUGCUGAACUGACCUACACUCUGGCCACAGAGGAGGCUGAACGCAUCGGAGUUGAUCACGUGGCUCGCAUGACAGCUACUGGCACAGGCGAGAAUUCCACAGUGGCUGAACAUCUCAUUGCACAACACAGCGCCAUUAAGAUGCUGCACAGUCGGGUCCGUGUCAUCCUGGAAUACGUUAAAGCUGUAGAGUCAGGUGAAGUGCCAUUUAACCAUGAGAUCCUUCGUGAAGCCUAUGCCCUGUGUCACCGGCUGCCAGUCCUCAGCACCGACAAGUUUAAGACUGACUUCUAUGAUCAAUGCAACGAUGUGGGUUUGAUGGCUUACCUUGGCACCAUCACCAAGACCUGCAACACCAUGAACCAGUUUGUGAACAAGUUCAACAUCCUGUAUGAUCGGCAGGGCAUCGGCCGACGUAUGCGAGGCCUCUUCUUCUGAUUGAGAGUCCAAACGGACUUUGCCCUCUAGAUACAGCGGGAGGUGAGAGUUUACAUCAUGAGAGGGGCAGCCUCUGACAGACACCGACUGAAGUGUAUCAGCGAUUCUCUGGCGACUCUUUCCCCCACUCCUUCCCAACACCCCUCCGCCCCCACUUAACCCUGUCUCUCAGCACUCCACCCUGUACCGCCCUUCCCUUCCCUGUGAGAUGUUUGGGCCAGCCUUGUGAAAUGGGACAACGUGUCACCCUGUUCCAUUGACGACCGGGUCUCUCUCUCUGGUUUUGUUACUUCAGCGACAAAGUGACUAGCUGGAUUGGAAUUCAAAUUCACACUGUGCUGCAUGCGUUGUGUGUUUACUGCUGGCGAGCAGAUGUGAAGUUGUCGGUUGUACAGCUGAAAUAUGUGCAUUAGAAAUAAAGUUGAAAGGAA